AGCUUUCCGUGGUAAACACAUCACACUGGUAGUUCGUUUUCCAAACCAAGGCCGACAGGUGGAAGAUCUGGAUAUUUGGUCUCAUACAAAUGACACAAUUGGCCAAGUACGGCGUUGUAUUCUCAACCGUAUUAAAGCCAAUAGUGCGCACACAAAAGUAGAGCUGUUCAUUGGUGGUGAGCUGGUGGACCCUGCAGAUGAUAGAAAAUUGAUUGGGCAGUUGAAUCUCAAAGAUAAAACGCUAAUCACGGCUAAGCUUACCCAGAUAAAUUCUAAUAUGCCCUCGAGUCCAGAUAGUUCUUCUGACUCUUCAACUGGUUCUCCUGGCAACCAUGGCAAUCACUACAGCGAUGGUCCAAAUCCAGAAGUUGAAAGCUGUUUGCCUGGAGUGAUCAUGUCACUGCAUCCUCGAUACAUCUCUUUUCUUUGGCAAGUUGCAGACUUGGGCAGUAGCCUAAAUAUGCCACCUCUUAGAGAUGGAGCACGUGUUCUUAUGAAGCUCAUGCCACCAGAUAACACUACGGUUGAGAAGCUGAGAGCUAUUUGCUUAGAUCAUGCAAAGCUUGGGGAAAGCAGCCUUAGUCCGUCCCUUGAUUCUCUGUUCUUUGGUCCUUCUGCCUCACAAGUGCUCUAUCUAACAGAGGUAGUUUAUGCCUUGUUAAUGCCUGCCAGUGCACCUCUGGGAGAAGAUGCCAGUGACUUCCAGUACAACUUCUUAAAAAGUGGUGGUUUGCCUCUUGUAUUGAGCAUGCUGACUAGAAAUAACUUCCUGCCAAAUGCAGAUAUGGAAACUCGAAGGGGUGCCUACCUUAAUGCUCUAAAAAUAGCCAAAUUAUUGCUAACAGCAAUUGGAUAUGGCCAUGUUAGAGCUGUGGCUGAAGCUUGUCAACCAGUUGUGGAAGGCACAAGUACAAUUUCACCGAUAAACCAGGCUACGCAUGACCAGGCAGUGGUGCUACAAAAUGCCCUACAAAACAUUCCUAAUCCUACUUCAGAGUGCAUGCUAAGAAAUGUAGCAAUACGUCUUGCACAGCAAAUAUCUGAUGAGGCUUCAAAAUACAUCCCUGAUAUCUGUGUUAUUAGGGCAGUACAAAAAAUUGUUUGGGCAUCAGGCUGUGGGUCAGUUCAGCUGGUUUUCAGCUCGAAUGAGGAAAUUAGUAAAAUCUAUGAAAAGACAAAUGCAGGAAAUGAACCAGACAUGGAAGAUGAACAAGUUUGCUGUGAAGCAUUGGAGGUGAUGACCCUGUGUUUCGCGUUGAUUCCAACGGCACUGGAUGCACUCAGUAAAGAGAAGGCGUGGCAGACGUUUAUCAUUGAUUUGCUACUGCACUGUCACAGCAAAACUGUUCGUCAGAUGGCACAGGAGCAGUUCUUUUUAAUGGCUACCAGGUGUUGCAUGGGACAGAGACCUCUCCUUUUCUUCAUUACCCUGCUGUUUACUGUUCUGGGGAGUACUGCAAGAGAGCGAGCUAAGCAUUCUGGAGAUUACUUCACUCUUUUAAGGCAUCUUCUUAACUAUGCUUACAACAGUAAUAUAAAUGUACCAAAUGCUGAAGUUCUUCUCAAUAAUGAAAUUGACUGGCUUAAGAGAAUUAGGGAUGAAGUAAAAAGAACAGGAGAAACAGGUGUUGAAGAAACUAUCUUAGAGGGUCACCUUGGAGUAACAAAAGAGUUGUUAGCAUUCCAGACGCCUGAGAAGAAAUACCAUAUUGGUUGUGAAAAAGGAGGUGCUAAUCUCAUUAAAGAGUUGAUAGAUGAUUUCAUCUUUCCAGCAUCCAAUGUUUAUCUGCAAUAUAUGAGAAAUGGAGAAUUGCCUGCUGAGCAGGCCAUACCAGUCUGUAGUUCACCAGCUACUAUUAAUGCUGGCUUUGAGCUACUAGUUGCACUAGCAGUUGGAUGUGUCCGAAAUCUCAAACAGAUAGUAGACACCUUGACUGAAAUGUAUUACAUAGGUACAGCAAUCACUACCUGUGAAGCGCUUACAGAAUGGGAAUAUCUACCACCUGUUGGGCCUCGACCGCCAAAGGGAUUUGUAGGACUAAAAAAUGCUGGUGCCACUUGUUACAUGAAUUCUGUCAUUCAGCAACUGUACAUGAUUCCAGCCAUCAGGAAUGGUAUCCUUGCAAUUGAAGGAACAGGCAGUGAUGUAGAUGAUGACAUGUCGGGAGAUGAAAAGCAGGACAAUGAGAGCAAUGUUGACCCACGAGAUGAUGUGUUUGGUUAUCCCCAUCAGUAUGAAGACAAACCGGCACUGAGUAAAACGGAAGAUAGAAAAGAGUACAAUAUUGGAGUUCUGAGGCAUCUCCAAGUAAUUUUUGGUCAUUUAGCAGCUUCCAGGCUACAGUACUAUGUACCAAGAGGUUUUUGGAAACAAUUUAGACUCUGGGGUGAACCUGUAAAUCUGCGUGAACAACAUGAUGCUUUAGAAUUUUUUAAUUCCUUGGUGGACAGUUUAGAUGAAGCUUUAAAAGCUUUGGGCCACCCAGCAAUGUUAAGUAAAGUUUUAGGAGGGUCCUUUGCUGAUCAGAAGAUUUGUCAAGGAUGUCCACAUCGGUAUGAAUGUGAAGAAUCCUUCACAACUCUGAAUGUAGAUAUAAGAAAUCACCAAAACCUUCUUGAUUCUUUGGAACAGUAUGUCAAAGGAGAUUUAUUGGAAGGUGCAAAUGCAUAUCAUUGUGAAAAAUGCAACAAAAAGGUCGAUACGGUGAAACGCUUGUUGAUUAAGAAGUUGCCUCCAGUUCUUGCUAUCCAGUUGAAACGAUUUGAUUAUGACUGGGAAAGGGAAUGUGCAAUCAAGUUCAAUGAUUACUUUGAAUUUCCACGAGAGCUGGACAUGGAGCCUUACACAGUGGCAGGUGUAGCUAAAUUGGAAGGAGAUGAUGUAAAUCCUGAAAAUCAGAUAAUACAAAAUGAACAGUCAGAAAAUGAACACUCUGGGAGCACGAAAUACAGGCUUGUUGGUGUACUUGUACACAGUGGCCAGGCCAGUGGUGGACAUUAUUACUCUUACAUUAUCCAGAGGAAUGGUGGAGAUGGUGAGAAAAAUCGAUGGUAUAAAUUUGAUGAUGGAGAUGUGACAGAGUGUAAAAUGGAUGAUGAUGAGGAAAUGAAAAACCAGUGUUUUGGUGGAGAAUACAUGGGAGAAGUGUUUGAUCACAUGAUGAAGCGUAUGUCCUACAGGCGCCAGAAGAGGUGGUGGAAUGCCUAUAUUCUUUUUUAUGAACGUAUGGACACAAUAGACAAAGACAAUGAACUAAUAAAAUAUAUUUCAGAACUCACUAUCACCACUAAACCCCACCAGAUUAAAAUGCCAUCAGCCAUUGAACGAAGCGUACGGAAGCAGAACGUGCAGUUCAUGCACAAUCGUAUGCAGUACAGCCUAGAGUAUUUCCAGUUCAUCAAGAAGUUGCUUACUUGUAAUAGCGUCUACUUAAAUCCUCCUCCAGGACAAGACCAUCUGUUGCCUGAAGCAGAAGAAAUAACUAUGAUUAGUAUUCAACUUGCUGCUAGAUUUCUCUUCACCACAGGAUUUCAUACAAAGAAAAUAGUCCGUGGCCCUGCUAGUGAUUGGUAUGAUGCGUUAUGCAUCCUUCUUCGUCACAGCAAGAAUGUACGCUUUUGGUUUGCACACAACGUCCUUUUUAAUGUUUCAAACCGCUUCUCUGAGUAUCUUUUGGAAUGCCCUAGUGCUGAAGUGAGGGGUGCAUUUGCAAAACUUAUAGUAUUUAUUGCACAUUUUUCAUUGCAAGAUGGGCCAUGUCCUUCACCUUUUGCCUCUCCUGGACCUUCCAGUCAGGCUUAUGAUAACUUAAGUUUAAGUGAUCACUUACUGAGAGCGGUACUGAAUCUUCUAAGAAGAGAAGUGUCUGAACAUGGGCGCCAUUUGCAGCAGUAUUUCAAUCUGUUUGUGAUGUAUGCCAACCUAGGUAAGCAAGUUACACACAGUUUUACUGAUGCGCUACU